GCUGACAUGAUCCUGUGAAGCUGAUCUUUGUUUUAUUUCUCGUUUCUCCAUGAAGAUGUUGGAGGUCAGACUCCUCUCUCCUUCCUUCUCUUCAUCUGUAUCCUGGUGCAGAUGAAGAGUCGGGUCUCUCUCAGGCUUAAUUACAUCAUUACGCAGACUGAGGUGUGAGAUCACUCCGCCUGUUAAUCGACCUGACGGCUUCAGCAAACAGGAGAGACCUCUGCGGAGUCUGCGCAGGUGAAGGGGGUCUGCUGCACUCAGGUCAGGUGGAGGGGGAAUUAUUAAAGGAAUAUGACAAACAGUUCAGUCAGAUCUUCAGUGGAGGCUCGAAUGAAGGCCUGAGGAGCAGAGAAGAACCCUCGAACCCGGGUCUGUCUGCCCUCACCGUGUCCCUCCACGUCCUUCCUGUUAUUUCUGAUUUCUCGGACCUUCUCUCACAGUCUAAUCCAGUCGACCUCCCGCCUGCGCAUCAAUUACAUGUCCAUUGAGUGACCAUUAGCUGAGGCAUUGACAUUCACGGGCCUCCGUCUGCACCCGGACUGAUGUGUAUUCUGCAGCCCAGCAGUCAUGACACCAGGCUUACAUUAUUUAUGGAGAGAGAGGAGAAGGACAUGUGUGAGGAGCUAACAGGAGGCCUCACUGACUCCAACUCUGGAACCUCAGGAGACAAGAUUCACAGGAUUAGAACCGAAUCCACUUUUACGCGCAAAUUACGCACGAACAGGAUCCUGGUUUUACGCACCAUGGAGAGUCUCUUCUGACCCUCUGACAUGAUUAGAAGUUUUUUUCUGUUAAAACACAAUCUUUAAUCAAAUCUGUUUCAGUGACUCUCAGAGGUUUUUAGUGGGAGUUCGUUGUUUCUGAUCUGGAUCUCAGAUUUUCUGAUAGUCCUCCUUUUGUCAUUUAAAUCCAUCGGUACAAUAUUUGACUACCAAAACCCAGAAUCUGAUACCAGAGGGGCGGUUACAAACCCGCCGAGAACCUGUUAAAAGGUUUACGACCCCAGACAAGUGAUAGCCAAGGGAAUUAACGACUCUGACACCCCCCCACCACACACCCACACCCACACAGAUACACGGAGAUCGAUAAUAACCUCCUGACCUCCUCAUUAACCUCUAACCCUGAUGAAGAAACCCCUCAGCUCUGUCUCUGAAGGACUCUGGGACACUCAGUCGUCCGGGUGGCCCCGGUGCAGCCGCAGGGCCAAUAUACAGCACGCCAGGGGGCCACAUCGGCCUUUUUGCGGGGCCCUUCCUGGAUCCCAUCACGGCAUUCAAAUGUCAGGAGCGGGGCGGGACCCAGCAGCACCUUAUAAGAGGAGGACGUCCAGGUUCCUCUGCUGGAUUUGCGCGCCUCACCUCCGCCUGCUGCAGCGCGUGUCGGAGCAGAAAAACCAAGAAGAAGAAAAAAAGAGUCUGUAGAGUUUUAUAAGAUUAAAGUUACGAAACGAUGGAUGACUGAAGAGGAAGAAAUAUCGACUUUUGAUCUCUCUGCUCUUCACUGUUCGACAGUUUCUCCUUCUUUCCUGACGGAGAGGAGAAAACUUCACUUUGGACUUUUUUUUCUGACAACUUUAAACUUUUUUUCCGGAGGAUAUUUGAUCAUUUAAUUUCUGACAUUAUAACCUGAAGAGCUCGGUGACAGUUUCUCCUUCGAAGAGGUGUUUUGGGGAUGUUGAGCUCUGUGAAGAUGGAAGCCCAUGAUCUACCAGAGUGGAAUACUUUCUACAGCGAGGCCAGCGAGGUAAAAAACAACGAGAAAAACCUGAACAUACGAGUGAAUAUGUAAAAAAAAAUACUGCAGAUGAAUCUCACAGUUUUGUUUCCCUCAUUUUUAAAACAGUCAUGAAUUUAUCUGAAGUGACAAAGACAAAGGUUUUUAUUUUUACGCACAUGAGGAGUUUAAAAAAGUUUAAAACUCAAAACAUUUUAAAUUCUUUUAAGAAGAAUAAAAUUAAUCUGUUGACAAUAUUUUAAAGUUUGAUAAUUGACUUUAGAGCAAACGUUUGAGAAGAUUAAAGAAGAUUUAGGAUCGAACGAAAUUUACGGUUAACAGGCCAAAACUGAGGAGCAGAGAGAGAGAGAGAGAGAGAGAGAGAGAGAGAGAGAGAGAGAGAGAGAGAGAGAGAGAGAUUUUAUUUAAAGAAAAACGACUAAAUAUAAAAACAGAAAUUAAAGUUUAAAACCGUCAAAAUUCUUCCUGUUUUUUAACAUCUGUUCAUGUUUUUGUUGAAGCAGCUCAAACACUAAAACCUUUUUUUUAAAGGCCUCAAAUCCACCAGUUUUAAUUUCACCGAUUUUUAAACCUAAAAAAAUAUAAUUCUGAUAAAAAUAAAAAUAUUCAGUUUUUUUAAAAUAAUUUAUAAAAUGGAAGUUUUUGACUUCUGGACAGGUUGUCCUCCUCUGAGUCCUCACAGCUGCUCAGUGUCUCCACAGUUCAGGUGUAAAUGUUAAGAGGACUUUCUUCACCUUCUCUAAUUAAAUUAAGAGUUAAUUCCAUCAGCAGCAGCUCAGGUCUGUUCUCACCUCCAGCUGAUGAAAUUAACCGACAAGAAAGAAACUGAUAAAGUUCCGCAGAGAGGCCCCGGACCCCCGCUGAGAUCCUGGACUCGGUCUGAAACUUUGACUCGUUUUUAUUUCCAUACACUUCGAUUUACUUCAGAUUCAGAUUCACUUUUUGGACAUUAAGACGUUUUUAUAAACAGAUUUCUUCUCGGAGGUCAGAUUUUAGUGGACUUGUUUUUCCACGGAGUCGCGGAGGAGUCUGUCUGCGUGUCUGAGAGGCACCGUGACGCGCUUUUUGCGCAUUUUCAGGUUAACACGUGCGUGUGAAAUCCAUGUCCCCUCCGCGCGCACUGAGAGCUUCAUUGUGCAUUGAUAAGGAGUCAAACUUCUCCUCUCAGAGUUUCAGAGUCCUUCAGCAGAACUCAGAGUCAGUCUCAACAGAAAACAGGUUUUUUUUAGAGUGUUCCGGUUCGGUUCUGUGGAUCUGUGUGUUCUGAGAUGACGUGUUUCCUGUCAAUGACCUCCUCCUCUUCUUGUUGUUGUUCUCCUGCAGAUGUAUUCCUCUCCCACCACCAUGAACUCUGGUCUGGGCUCGAUGGGUUCGAUGGGCUCCAUGGGAACAAUCAACAGCUACAUCAACCUGAACCCGGCCACCGCCGCCCCCGCAGGCAUGAACAUGGCGUACCCGAGCUCCACCCUCAGCAGCUCCCCUCUGGCCUCCAUGGGCUCGGGGCCCACUCACAUGUCCCUCUCCCCGGUGGCCUCCUCCCUCAGCUCCAGCUCUCUGACUCAGCUGGGCCCCGCGGCUCCGGGUUCCCUCAGCUCCCUGUCCCACUACCAGAACAUGGGUCAGUCCAUGAGCCAGCUGGGAUACCCCUCCACCACCACCCUGAGCCGGGCCGGGCCCAAGGAGAUUCCCCCGAAGCCGUACCGCCGCUCCCUGACCCACGCCAAGCCGCCGUACUCGUACAUCUCUCUGAUCACCAUGGCGAUCCAGCAGAGCGGCAGCAAGAUGCUGACCCUCAACGAGAUCUACCAGUGGAUCAUGGACCUGUUCCCCUACUACCGAGAGAACCAGCAGCGUUGGCAGAACUCCAUCCGCCACUCGCUCUCCUUUAACGACUGCUUUGUGAAGGUCGCUCGCUCGCCAGACAAGCCGGGCAAAGGUUCGUACUGGACUCUGCACCCGCAGUCGGGGAACAUGUUCGAGAACGGCUGCUACCUGCGGCGCCAGAAACGCUUCAAGAUCGAGGACAAGACCGCCAAGAAGGGACACAAGAGCCAGGAGGGGGGCUCGGGGAAAGGGGGACACGGCGGAGACCACCUGGUGGAGGAUCACAGCCCUACAGGAGGAUCAGAGGGCGCUGACUCCGCCCACUCCGACAACUCCCACCCGGGCUCUUCAGACGACCAGCCGCACCAAAGAAACUCCCUGGUUCCUCUGGACUGCCCUCCGCUGUCCUCCUCGCACCUCCACAGCCCGCCCAUCUCCCUGCCGUCCUCCUCCUCCUCCUCCACCUCCAUCCCUCCGUCCUCCCUGUCCCUCUCAGCCUCCUCCUCCUCCUCCAACCCGCUCCUCCACCCGCAGUCUUUAGUGGGGAACCUCCUGCCCAGCGCCAUGCAGCAGCACAUGGACCUACAGAGUGACGCCCUCAAGUCUCUGGACCCCCACUACAACUUCAACCACCCGUUCUCCAUCACCAACCUCAUGUCCAACGAGCAGAAGAUGGACCUCAAGUCCUACCAGGACCAGGUGAUGGCCUACAACAGCUACGCCGGGGGCUCUCCUGUGGGGGCCAAGCAGAUCUACGACAGCCCAGGACCCACCACCAUGGACUCAGGCGCUUAUUACCAAACUCUGUACAGCCGCUCGGUGCUCAACGCCUCCUAAUGUGGACGGACAAGGACAGACGGACGGACGGACGCCUGAGACGAGAUGGAGCUUCCUCUUCCUGUCCAACAUGGACACCAGAGCUCUCUCUCUCUCUCUCUCUCUCUCUCUCUCUAAGAUGGCCGUCCUGUUUGUGCAGCAGAGGAGCAGCUCCUCUCUCUCUCUCUCUCUCUCUCUCUGGUGUUUGUGGAGCUCGAUGAAGAAGAGUCUGAUGAUGAUGAUGAUGAGGACAGUUGUGUGGGAGUCGGGUCUGGUCUCUGUACAAAUGUAAAUAGAGGUAAUGUGGGUGGGGUGGGGUGGGGGGGUAUUUGCAUUUAUUUAUGAAGGGAAUAAAUUUUAAUAUAUCUUCUCGUUGUGUAGCGCUCGGUCGACCGGUUACAAACCCAGAGUUCAGAGUUUCAGGUUACUGCUGCAGGCAGGUGUUACUGUUCGUGUGUUACAGCGUUUCACAGCAGGAUGGAGUCCAGCUCAUGGGGCCCGUCCUUUCAAAAUAAGAGUUUGUUAUUUCGGUUGAUAUGAAGAAAGAACCGUUCUGUCAGGUGAAGACGACACUGUGGUAAAAAAAAAUGAUAAUAAUCCUGUUUCUGUUUUUUUUAUCCCCACAAAUGUUUCCUGUUGUUACCUUUAAGAGGGCGCGACCUGCCCCCCCCCCCCCCCCCUCAGACUGUAACAUGUGGGAGGAGCAGAGAGCCGGGGGGGUGAGGAGGAGCAGAGCGGGGGAGUUCAGUCAGUUACUAAAACAGUGGAGGGGAGGAGAGAUGCACUAUGGGAGAUUUACAUACAGUACUUUGCACUAUGGAGCUCCCACAGGCCGGGUGGGCUGAUAGUGUGUGUGUUUGUGUGUGUUACAACAAUACUUAAGACCCCCCCCCCCCAUACUGUCAAUGCAUCAGCUCAAUGGGAUCAGAGAACAAUGUCAGAGGGCGUCACAAAUAAAAACGCCGCCGUCCAAACUCUGAAAAAGUGCCUUUCCUUCAAAAACAGCUGAUCUGAUCGGAGAUCGGAAAACGACGACGAACUGAAGGAUUAUUCUGAGGACGCCGAAGUUUCAGGUCACAUGACGUCCUCUGUGGAGAAGAAGAAGAAGAAAAUGAUGUCUUUAUUUAAGCUAUGAUGUUGCUUUUCAAACAGUGUGCUGAUAUAAUAUAUUGUUUUUGUUGUUUUUGUUGGUUUAAUGUGAUUCAGACGAUGAUCCAUGUUUCAGUUUUUCUUAUUAAAAAGGCAAAAAUGUGGGAGAAAA